GGGGCGGGGCCUGCCCGCGAGGGGGCGUGGCUUCCCGCUCAGACCCCGCCCCCUCAACGUCCCUCCCUGCUUUGGAACGCUCGCGCCGCCAACGGCUCCCCCCCGCGCCCGCCCACCCGGCGCUUGACGUCAUCGCGCCGCCGCGCUGCGUGCGCACGCCGCGUCCCCCGCGCGGGCGCAGAGCCGCCAUGGAGGCCUCGGCGGGCGGCGGCGGCGCCGGGCCCGGGCGGCGCUGGUACUUCAGCCGCGAGCAGCUGGAGCGGAGCCCGUCCCGCCGCGCCGGUCUCGACCCCGACAAGGAGCUCUCGUACCGGCAGCAGGCGGCCAACCUGCUGCAGGACAUGGGGCAGCGCCUCAACGUCUCCCAGCUCACCAUCAACACAGCCAUCGUGUACAUGCAUCGCUUCUACAUGGUGCAGUCCUUCACCCAGUUCCACAGGAAUUCGGUGGUGCCAGCAGCUCUUUUCCUGGCAGCCAAGGUGGAGGAGCAGCCUCGGAAGCUGGAGCACGUCAUCAAGGUGGCACAUGCCUGUCUGCACCCCCAGGAGCCUCUGCUGGACACCAAGAGUGAGGCUUACCUGCAACAAGCCCAAGACCUGGUCAUUCUAGAGAGCAUAAUCCUACAGACCCUGGGGUUUGAGAUCACCAUUGACCAUCCUCACACCCACGUGGUGAAGUGCACCCAGCUUGUGCGAGCCAGCAAGGACUUGGCACAAACUUCCUAUUUCAUGGCUACAAACAGCCUGCACCUGACCACCUUCAGCCUGCAGUACACCCCACCCGUUGUGGCCUGCGUCUGUAUCCACCUGGCCUGUAAGUGGUCCAACUGGGAGAUCCCAGUCUCCACGGACGGGAAGCACUGGUGGGAAUACGUUGAUGGCACUGUAACUCUGGAGCUCUUAGAUGAACUGACUCAUGAAUUCCUGCAAAUCCUUGAGAAAACUCCCAGCCGACUGAAACGGAUCCGGAACUGGCGGGCCUCUCAAGCAGCCAGGAAAUCCAAAACCGACGACCACGGCGAUGACGAGAGCCUGUCAGAGCAGACAAUCCUCAACAUGAUCUCCAGGAACAACAGCUCGGACAUGAACAUCGCUGGCCUCAUGAGCAUGUCUACAUCCUCCACGGCCGGCGCGGGGCCGGCGCUCCCGGCCGCCGCCGCUUCCCCCGCGGAGCCGAGCGCCGCCGAUCCGUCCCAGGCGGAUCACUGGCACCCCCCUGCCAAGCUGGACAUCCACAGGACUAGCGAGGGCACGUCAGCCGCUGAGCACCCGCAGCAGGACGGCGCUUCCUACCCCAAGCAGAGCACCAAGAACGCACCCUCGGCCAAGGUGUCCCUCAAGGAAUACCGGGCCAAGCACGCCGAGGAAUUGGCGGCGCAGAAGCGGCAGCUGGAAAACAUGGAAGCCAACGUGCGCUCCCAGUACGCCUACGCCGCGCAGAACCUGCUGGUGCAGCAGCAGCGGGAGAGGGAAGGGCAGCAGGACAGCAACCCCUCCCCAAUCGUCCUGAAAAUCCCCAGCGCGGGGCAGGAGAACCCCGAGCGCCCGCCCGGCGCCGACAAGGGAGACAAAGCUCUCAAGAUGAGGAUCCCGGCGGUGGGGGGAGGCGGGGAGAGGCCGAUGCCCUCCAAGCAGGAGGACAUCAAGAUGCGGAUUAAGGUGCCGGCUCCCGGAGACAGACACGGCUCCGCGGACGAGGGCGGCGCCGGGAAGAGCCGGGAGUACAAAGAGAAGCACAAGGGCCACUCAUCCAACCAUCACCACCACCACCACAACCACCACUCGCACAAACACUUGCACGCCCAGCUCGGCGCCGGCCCCAGCACCGCGGCCAAGCGCCCGGGGGACUCCAAACACGGCGCCCAGCCCGGCGCCACCGCCACCCCCCACAAGGGCUACGGGCCUCUCGCCCCCACCCGCAAAAGACCCCUGCCCGAGGAGCCCCCGGCCGUGCCCCACGAGCACCAGCCCAAGGUGGGCAAAGUCUCCAAAGGCCCCGCGGUGCCGUUCCCGUACGCCCACCUUCCCGGGGCUGCCCACCUGCCCGGGCACAGCUCGGAUUUAUCGCAGCCCAGCAAAGCCCGGGGCGCCCACAAAUCGGACAAGGGGCCUUCGGGGGCCAACGGGCACAACGUCAGCCAGGCCAGUGACUAUCAGGACACGGUGAACAUGCUGCACUCGCUGCUGAGCGCGCAGGGCAUGCAGCCCACGCAGCCCCCCGCCUUCGAGUUCCACUCGUUCGAGCUCCUGAACCCCCGGGCUUCCAGCGGCUCCAGAGCUGCCAGCAACACGGACAAGCCCCGACCGCCCCCCCUGCCCUCGGAACCGCCCCCCCCGCUGCCUCCCCUCCCCAAAUAACCCCAUUUUUACUACUGAGUCCAGAGCCCGAGCCCAAACCCGCGGGGCUUUUCUAAGGGCUUUUUGAUCUCCACUGCCUCACGAAGAACUUAUUUUAUUAUAAUAUAACUUUUAUUAUUGAUAUUUAGUUGUUAAAAGCUGUGAAAGGAUAAGGAACCCUUUCUCUAUUCCUCCCUUUCCCCCAUAGGCUCCCAGUUAGUGUUGGGCUUUGACCCCCCCUCUGGGGAACAUGGGGGAUAUUUAAAAUAUGUCACAGAAAAUUUAAGAUGUUUUACAAAUAAUUUAAGCAUUAACUUAUA